GAGCUUUGAAGCGUUCACCGACUUGCGGUAUACCUGGCUUACAUAAGCGCAUGAGAGCGAGUAUAACACUUCAGAUUAUAACACUUACUACUGGAGGGAGUAACACGGUUGUUUGGGGCUGUGAUCAAACUGAAUAUUAUCUAAAUGUGGCUGGAAACUGGAAGAGAUUCUCAUGUGGACUUCAAAAUAUUCGUGAUAUAAUACACACAGAGUAGCUGAUGCCAAGCCAUGGACAGAGAGAGGUUGGAAAAUGUCGAGGUCACGAUCGAGUUCAUAGACAUGCAGGAAAUAAUCCAGCAGUUGGAGGUUGACUAUGUCGCUGCCAAGAGUACAUUUUUUCUCCGUAAAUAUGGCCUGUUGAAAACUAUGUUGAAGAAAGCAAUAACUUCCAUCAACCAGCGCUACUAUUCCAAGGACAGGCCACGAGGCUACUUCGCCAGAGCAUUAGCCAAUCGACGCCAGAGAAAGAAAGAGGUGCUGGCGAUAUCUGUAGACGACAUCGAGGCCGACAGCUGCUUGAAGCGAGAGAGAAUCAGCACCAUCCGGAAUCUCGACGUGGAAUAUGAAAGUUCCAAACGGUCUUUACCUCCUUGGAGAUACCGGAAUUUAAAAACAAUGGCGAAAAAUGUGAUCGCGUUGAAGGACUUGGAAUGAAGGAAAAAAUAUUGAUCAUGUUUCUGAAAGCGAACUCCUGUUGAAUGUCUACAGCUGUUCGAACUACUGUUGAACUACAUACGUCUUCGAAAACGCUUCCAAAAAUCAUGAUUUGUGGUUUGUAAUCCGAUUGCCUCCACACGACACAAGUAUGAUCAUUUACGACAAACGGAACUGUGACCACCCCUUUCUAGGCACGAUCGUCAUAAUAGCAUCAUAUGCCCUGGAAAGGCAGUGUUGGGGCCUAUAUCACAGGAAUACAAAUGUAAAUGGUAAAAAAUA